UAGAGUUCACUGAGUUCCCACGAUGUGUUUGCAUUGGCGUUGGCUGAUCUGGGCAUUGGUCUGGCUCCAAGUGGCACUGGCCACCAAGUGGUAUGGCGGUGGAAUGGACUUCAAUGAUCCUUCCGCCUGGCUAGAUGACCACUUGCCAUGUGCACAGGAUUUGGUCGUUUUUCCGGAGUACUACCCAGCCCUGUUGCCCUUGCCCGAGGACAUAUCCAUUGAUGGCUUGGUUUUCCCCAGAGAAGGGGCGAUCCUCUUGGCAGAGGAAUCCACCAUUACCUUUGGAUCUGAUAAGCAGCCCUCCUGUGAGAGCGAGGAGAAGAAGGCCUAUUUGAAGCCACCGAAAUCUAGUAAAUGGUUCGACCCUGGCACCUGGACGGACAAAUCUAAGGAAUUUUCCACAUUCACACCAGAGCUGGAGAGGAUUCCCUGUGAUGACGAGCAGGUCAUAAUCAAGGGGCACGGACCUUUGUCCUUUGACCUAGAAAACGUGCAGUAUCUGAGGCUGGGACAACUUAUUCUGGCUGGCUCGUCCAUUUCCAAAACGUACUUGGAGCAACUUAUCAGCAGAGAUCUGGGCCAAUUUCUCUUUUACAAUGCCGAGUACGUCCAGGUGGAGUACUACAGAGGAGAGCUGUGUGGCUGCCACAAGGACUUCGAGCGACUGCUGGAACCCGUUUGCCACAAUGUCCAGGAGCAGUGCGAGACGCCCCACUGCUUGUCUCCAGUUCGACCCUUGGGAUCGUGUUGCCUAAUCUGCGGGGCCAUUCUGUCCACGCCCACGACCCACUGCACCGAGGGCACUAGAAAGGAGUUUGUGGCCCAGAUAAGUAACCUCAUCAGCCAGGAGAGCCUGAAGGAUCAGAUCGGCCUGCACGUGGAUUUUGUGGGCUCCCAGCAGUUUGGAAACUGCCUGCAGGCGGUAGUAACUGAUCGCCAUAAAUAUAGUGAACGGAGCUUGGAGUUUCUACAGCAGAACGAACACAAUUGGAACAAGACAGGAACAACGUUAAAAGUUUCUGGUCGACCUUAUAAUCCGAAUGUUAGCUUCUCCUCGAUUGUUCUCAUCCUUUUUUGCAUGGCACUGGUGGGCCUGGUUUCCGUGGUCAUUUUGGCGCACUUUAUGCCUGAGAACCCCUACCUGAACCGCAUACCACAGUGGAUCCACGACCCCCGUCGAUGGAGGUGGCGUCACUUGGGACUAAGACUACGCCGGAAUCUGCUGUUUAACCGCUUCGACAAUGGUGGUGCAGGGGGUGGCUCCAGUGAAGGAGGAGCUUCUGGUGUGGAUCGUCUGGGAAUUAUGGCUUACGACCCGGAAAGUGGCGAGGUGAGGGAGCGAGCCUUUGACAAUCCCAUGUUCGAGCAGAGAGGAGCUUUGGAGGAGGCUGCCAAGGAGUCGCAGGAGCAGGAUGAAAUCCCCAAAAUGGAGACUGGUGAUCUGGACGCCACUAGUGUGGUGGAUGAACAGGAGCUUACGGAAAUCAAUUUGGAUGCCUGCGGGGCGGACACCGACGAGGAGACCAUCUAAUUAAGGUUCUCAAAAAUAAGACACAGAAACUUGAUUCGAAAGCACCAAUGGAGCAUCACGUAUAAUCUGAUGUACAAUUUAAAGAUUGUGUGUUCUGUACAGAUCAAUAGAUUCGUUAUGAUAACAUUAUAAAUGUUCCUUAGUUGUAGGCGGAUAGUACUUGAUUAUUUUCGGAUAUUAUCAAUUAAUCAAUCAAUUACUAACGCACAAUCGAUGAAUCGCGUGUAGCGGCGAAGGUACAAAGAACCAAGAGAGCACCUGAUAAUGUUACCAGGUAAUUCAGUUAGCGGUGCCUUUUGUCGCGAUGGCCUUGUUCCUUGACCUUCACAGGGGGUGGAUUGGUGGGGCUGGGUGAUGGGACCGGGAAUCGAUAGUUGCCAUUAGCUGCGAAGAUAUUUCCAGAAGCCUUUGUCCCCCGACUCAUAAAUGUGGCUCAUGUGUAUCCACAUCUAUUCAUAGACACGCUUGGAAAGGCGCGUGCCUCCCCCCGUUGCCAUAGGAUAUGAAUCCGUAGAUAUGCACGGAUCUAGGGACGUGGGACGGAGGCGUUUUGAUGCGGAUUAGGCGACCGCUUUCGGAUUUCAUUUUAGCUUCUGCCAAUUCAUUCUGAAGUGGAAAUACUUUGUACUACGGCGAUUGAGAGUGCAGCUGAUAAGCACACCUUAUCAGUUUCAAAGCGAAAGCGAAAAUACAUACAGUGAACAGUCGAUUAUGUUGUAGCAGUA